AUGUUUGUGCGCUUGGUCGCGGCGGCCGAUGCGCUGGAGGUGGUUUUGCCCGAGGCGUACGCAGAGUUCGCUGAUCGUUUUGAGCCGAGCGGACCCAAGAAGUUGCCCGUGAGCCGACCUGGUUUUGAUGCGGUGAUCCGUAUUGACCCGUCCAAGCAGCUCAGGUGCGACCCGAACCGCAAGUUUGGCCGUAGCAAGGAGGAAGCUCUGAGGAAGUACGUGGAGGACGGCCUGAAGACUGGCAUGAUUGUGGAGUCCGAGUCCGCGUUCUGCUCCCAGCCCAUGUUCGUCAAGAAGGGUGAUGGCUGGCGCGUCUGUAUGGACUCCCGGCGUCUGAAUGAGGCGACGAUCAGGGAUCGGUACCCGUCGCCUGAUGCCUUGGCGCUGAUUGACAAGCUGAAGGGCGCGAAAAUUUUCAGCAAGUUUGAUCUCACGAGCGCGUUCUGGCAAGUGAGAUUGAGCGCCGACAGUGAGAAAUACACGGCGUUCCCGUGCGACGGCAAGCUGUACCAACACAGGGUCAUGUGUUUCGGGUUGGUCAACGCGCCGGCGAUGUUCCAGCGUCUGAUUAAUGAGGUCAUGGGCCCGCUCUCCGCUUUCGCUGGAGGGUACUUUGACGACAUUAUUGUGUUCUCCAAGACGCCGGAGGAGCACGAGCUCCACGUGAAGCAGAUGCUGGCUCGGCUGAGGGAGUUUGACCUGUACGUCUCCUUGAAGAAGUGCGUGUUUGGCACGUCGAGUGUCGACUUCUUGGGGCGGCGGGUCAGCGAAGCCGGAGUGGCGGUGGAUCCUCGCAAGGUGCAGGCGGUCCUCAACUGGAAGCCGCCGACGGACGCGACUGGUGUGCGUGAGGUCAACGGCCUCGCGUCCUUCAUGAGGCGUCAUGUGCCGAACUAUGCCGAGCUGGCGCGCCCGAUGACGAUGCUGACGCGGAAGAAUGUCCCAUUCGUCUGGUCGGCAGAGUGCGAGAAGUCGUUCCGCGCGAUCCAGCAGGCGCUCGUCCAGGCGCCGGUGCUGGCGUACCCCGACACGUCGCGGCCGUUUGAGAUUUUCUCGGAUGCGUCAGAUCUCGCGUUGGGUGGUGUGCUGAUGCAGAGGUCGGAGUCCGGCGACGGUCUGCACCCGGUCGCCUACUACUCGCGCGUUAGAGCUUCUAUCCUCAAACGAUACCAACUUCACGACGGCCUCAUCAAGCGCGACGACCGAGUGUUCGUUCCAGAACAUUUACGUCCACAGAUCCUGCGAUACCGCCAUGACGCAGCGACAGCAGGUCACUGCGGGAACCGAAAGACGCUCGAGUUAGUUCAACGCGACUUUGUCUGGCCUGGAAUGAGAAAGUACGUGGAGCAGUACGUGCACACUUGCCCAGUUUGCCAGAUGGUGAAGCAUGCGAGGCACGCACCAUACGGUCUCUUGACUCCGAUUGAGGCCGCAGACAAGCCUUUCGGCGACUGGUCCAUCGACUUUGUGACCGGAUUACCAGAUUCUCAAGGGUUUAACGCAGUCAUGGUCUGCAUCGAUCGACUGACUCGAGUUGCACAUUUCAUUCCGACGACAAAGUCUGUCACGGCGGAGGAAUCGGCUCAGUUGUUCCUGGAAAAUGUCGUGAAGCUGCACGGCGUUCCGGUUCGUGUCUUGUCUGAUCACGGACCUCAGUUCAUUGCAAAGUUCUGGAAGAAGCUAUGGAAGGCGAUGGACAUCGACCUCUCCUACUCUAGCGCGUAUCAUCCACAAGGAAACGGUCUUGUGGAACGGGUGAAUCAAGCGCUGGAGUCAUACCUGCGAGCGUACGUCAGUGAAGCCGAGGACUGGGCAAGACUCCUUUGGUUGUGCGAGUUCACGUACAACAACACGGUGCACGCGGCGAUCCAGUGCAGUCCGUUCAUGGCCAUGUACGGGUUUCA